AUGUCACACGUAAGAGCUGAGGUAGUUGCCCUGAAGACCAACACCCAGGAUAAGAAUAUACCUCGUAGUGUUAUAAACCAGAUAGAUGACAAGAUGACCGCUACUCAUAAUAUUCCACACAGACUGCAUCAGGGGGCAAACAAGAAGAGUUCAAGAUGUCCUGUUUGCCAAGAUACUGUUGGAUUUAUGAUGUUAGCUCAAAUAUGCAAGGAUUGUGGAGUAUCUGUGCACAGUGGAUGUUCCUCUGAUCUUCCUCCAACAUGCGGAUUAUCCGUCCAGCUGGUUUCAGCUCUUCAGGGUGCCAUGACCCCAAGGUCUCGGGCAAACUCCAGUUCUCGUGCCCGGUCAUCAUCAGAGUCUAGAGCAAACAAGGACCGCCCUCUGCCCAUACCUCCAGUAAAUACAAACAAGGAGGGUGAGGUGUUUGUUCUUCUCCGAGGAGAUUGGGUUGAGAGUGUUCUAGUUCUAACCCUGGAUAAUAUCUUGGAUAUCUACCAGGAUGCUUCAAGAAAUAUCAGAAUUGAUCAGAUUGCUCUGACUGCCCCGCACUGCCGUGUUUCAGUUCAACCAUCAGUCUCAUUCUCAGAGGUUUAUUAUGUGAGUGCUAGUGACAGACCUUACACCUUCAAGCUUACUGUUCACGUUACAGGGAAGAGUGAAAAGGCAGUUUAUCUAAUGUGCAAAAACUUUGCACAGAAAGUAGAAUGGGUCAAUCGUCUAGAAGAGGUGAUCACCUCUAGCCCGAGUAACAUGGUUCCUAUUCCUGACGGGUGUAAUGAGCACUGUAAAGAGCUAAUUGCUGCUGUUCCUGCAGAUACAGAGAUACUUGCCAUGGAUACAGUUGGAGACGUGGUUCUCAUCGGAACUACUAAGGGAUUGCUAAUCAGGGAUUUGAGUAACGAGGUGGGAGAGCUGAGAAGUAUUGAAGGAGUGGAUGUUCCAGUUCAUAGGAUUAAAUACAUCAAGUCUAUUCAGAGCGUACUGCUUGCUACGGGUUCGGACGGAUCUACUGGAAGUCAACUGGUGAUGGUAUGCGCCCGGGCGGUACAGGCCGGCAGUACGGUACACCCAGAACCGGUUCCUGAGAUCUCACACUGCCAUAUCUUUGCCGCAAAUGAGAACAGUAAAGGGCAUGUGUACCUGUGUGCAGCUAAUAAACACCAAGUUUCUAUUUUUGAGUGGAGUCCAAAGCGAGCUGGUUUUGUAAUCCGGAAUAAGUUUUCUACAGACAAGUAUACAGGAUGUAUUUACUUCACUGAGCAUUCAGUUCUUGUCGGGACUACCAAGUUUUACGAGAUUGAUUUAAAGAACUUCUCGGCUGAAGAGUUCUUGGAUACAUGUGAUCCAGGGAUCAAAAGGACUUUAAAGAGCGCAGAGUUUGAAGGCUCUGAACCGUGUGAUGUUCUUCCCAUUUUAAUCCGUGAAGCUGAACCCGAAUAUAUCCUGUGUUUCACAAGGCACCUGCUGUUUGUUGACGGAUAUGGACAGCAGACUAGAGAACCAAUGCUAUUCUCAAAACUACCCAUGGAGUCAACCCUCAUAGGAAGUGUACUGGCAACUAGUUUCAGUGAUAGAAUUCAGCUGAUUACUUUUGAUCUAGAGAAUACUGAAAACUCGACAACAACACUGGUCGAGGUGUUCAGUGCAAUGCCGCACUUGGUUGGAUCAGAGAAGAACAAACUGUACUACACAACCCCAGGGGAUGCAGCCUACCAUCUCGUGGCUCUUGAUGUGACUAAAUUGAAGCAGGAAGUGUAAAUCCAACUAUCAUUAUUAUUAUUAUUAUUAUACAAUUAUUAAAUAUAUGCCAUCCGAGUUUUAGAUUGAGUUUAUAUAUCAACCAAAAGACAGUGUUACGGGGGUCCAUACGGAAAAUCAAUUUUUUUUCGGAUGCAAAAUUAAGUUUGAAAGUUAAAAAAAGGGUUUGUCCCAAAAAAAUCGGGGAGUAAGGAGUCGGAUUUGGAAACAUGAAACCAUUUUUAAUAUUAAUGCAAUAGUUUUAUAGUUAAAUUACCAUAAUGUACAUACUUUCUAUAUGUCGUAGGCUUUUGAUAAAUGAUUCAGAAUGGACACCGUUAUACAAAAUGAUUUCGAUCUCAAAUAUAAGAUAUUAAAAUGUU